GGGGACUCCCGUCUUCUCUUCCGCGGGCUCCGUCUCGGAGGCGGGGCACCUGGGCAAGGAGCGGCCCCGAGCGCCGGAGUCGCUGCCGCCGCCGCCGCCGCCGGGCGCCUGGCGCUCCCCUCUUCAGUGGGGCGCUGGGUGCAGCAGCCGCCAGCGGAACAUGGCGCCGUGGACAUUCUGGCGCUGCUGCCAGCGCAGCGUGGGUUGGGUGCCGGUGCUCUUCAUCACCUUCGUGGUCGUCUGGUCCUACUACGCGUACGUGGUGGAGCUGUGCGUGUUUACCCUCUCUGGAAAUGGAGAAAAUGGAAAGGCCGUUGUUUACCUUGUGGCUUUCCAUCUGUUCUUUGUUAUGUUUGUAUGGUCCUAUUGGAUGACAAUUUUCACAUCUCCCGCUUCCCCUUCCAAAGAGUUCUACUUGUCUAAUUCUGAAAAGGAACGUUAUGAAAAGGAAUUCAGCCAAGAAAGACAACAAGAAAUUUUGAGAAGAGCAGCAAGGGAUUUACCUAUCUACACCACAUCAGCUUCAAGGACCAUCAGAUACUGUGAAAGAUGUCAGUUGAUUAAACCUGACCGGGCACAUCACUGCUCAGCAUGUGACGUAUGUGUUCUUAAGAUGGAUCAUCACUGUCCUUGGGUGAAUAACUGUGUGGGAUUUUCUAAUUACAAAUUCUUCCUGCUGUUUUUAUUGUAUUCCUUGUUAUAUUGCCUUUUUGUGGCUACAACAGUUUUACAGUACUUUAUAAAAUUUUGGACGAAUGAACUCUCUGAUACACGUGCAAAGUUCCACGUACUUUUCCUUUUCUUCGUGUCUACAAUGUUCUUCAUCAGCGUCCUAUCACUUUUCAGCUACCACUGCUGGCUAGUUGGAAAAAACAGAACAACAAUAGAAUCAUUCCGCUCCGCCACAUUUUCAUAUGGACCUGAUGGAAAUGGUUUUUCUCUUGGAUGCAGUAAAAAUUGGAGACAAGUCUUUGGUGAUGAAAAAAAAUACUGGCUACUUCCAAUAUUUUCGAGCUUGGGUGAUGGUUGCAGUUUUCCAACUCGCCUUGUGGGGAUGGAUCCAGAACAAGCUUCUGUUACAAAUCAAAAUGAAUAUCCUAGAAGUAUUGGCUCAAAUCAACCCUUUCCUAUCAAACCACUUAGUGAAUCAAAAAACCGAUUGUUGGACAGUGAAUCUCAAUGGAUAGAGAAUGGAUCUGAAGAAGGCACUGUCAGAUCAGGGACAAAUAACCAUGUUACAGUGGCAAUAGAAAAUUGAGUACCACUUGUUCAUAACUAACCAUUUGAAUAAGAGCAAGGUUUAUAAAAACAUACUAUGGACUGAUAUUUUCAGUUUUAUUUGCAAGAAAAUGAUCAAUGGAAUGAAAUAACUGAAGUAUAAGAGAAGAUAUAUUUUUUAAAAAGGAAGCCUUUGUACAGAUCGCCGGAUCCACAGAAGCACUACCCCAGCGCAGAAAGAUGCCUUAAUCUUAAAUACACCCUUACUGCUACAAAAGUGACUUAAUUUUACUCUGGAAAUAACACCCACCUGUUAUGAGAUGCUACACUAUGAGCUAUCAAGUCACAUGUUAACAGAGUAUAUGUAUUUUUUUGACAUCUGAGUUACAUAAUUAAGAGUUGUUUCUUUGUAUUCAUAUAAAGUUUCACUCUUGAAACACAAGCUGAAAAGUUAUCUUAAGUACAUGUAGGGCAGUAUAGUGGCUGAAGGUGAAUAAUAAUAUCUAUUUACUGUUGCUUAUACUGUGUAAGGAAAAGAAAAUAACUUUUUUUAUUGGGUGUUGCUGAUUUAUAAUUACUGUUUUAUACUUUUCAACAUUUAUAAUAAAGUUUUUUAUUGUUGGCUAUAAGAUAACACUCAGAAAGAUUCAGAUAUCUAAAUAUAAUUAUUUAAAACGUGGAGCACAUUUGUAUGAUUCAUUGAUGGCUUAGUUCUAAGCAUUAAUAUAACCAUGUAAUGUAGUGUUGUGCCCGAGGCUUAAAGGAAACUUGGCAGUAUAGGAAACAUUUUUGGUUCUCGCUGCAUUUAAAUUACUUUUCUGUUGAACUUUAAUGGGUAUUUUUUUGGUCAGGGAGUCACAAAGGCACAUGUGCUAUAGAAAUAUUGGACACAGAAUAGUGGCAGUGGCUAGAAGAAAAGUAAAGAGGAAGAUAGGCAGGUAUUGUAAGCUGUUAAAAAUUAUUUAUGGCUCCAAGGUAUUGGCCCCAACAUGCUAUUGACUUUCAAAUGACAAUUUAGGUGAUUACUAGAAAUUACUUUGAAACUUUUUACAGUAUUCCAGUAACAGCUUAAACAGUGACUGAAAGGCAGUUUGAACUAGGGUAAAACUGCUUAAUGGAAAGAAAUUCUAACCUCAUCAGUCAUUUAAGACUUCCAGUCUGAGCAGUGGAUUCCACUCUUAACACACAAAAUUUUAAAUCUGACUUUCUAAACACCAGCCCCUUUCUGCCUGGUAGACCUAGAUCUCCUUUUUCUUUUGAAAUGUUAUCUAAGUGACAGGAAUUGUUGCAUUAAUUUUAAAGGCAAAUGCUGUAUUCUAUAAAGGAGAAGCCAGGUAGAAAUAUUACUCCUCACAUAUCCUGUUUGGUCAAAUAUACACAAACUAAAAUGAUUGAUUGCUUCCAACAUCGGGUAGAGAUAAAUCUUAACCAGCAUCUAUAAAUAUCAACCGUUACAAUUUCCCUAUCUGUAAAAUGGAAUUGGGGGGAAAGCAUGUUAUGCAUGAGUUGGACUAGAUGACCUCUCACAUUCUUUGAUUCCUAAUUUUGGAAAAUUAACCUUACAUUUCAUUCAUCCAACAAAUAUUUUUGGAGUAUCUUCUGUAUGCCAAACAUAUGCUAGGGAUAGUGCUAUGAUUUCCUAAUGUAGCAUAUAUUUUAUACUCAGCUAUUCCAGGUAUUAGUUCAGAGGAUUUGUCUAAUUCUGUUGGCCGUACUAAUACUAGAUUUUAAAAGGAAGUUAUGUGGGGAUUUUUUUCCUUUUGAACCAAAGGAAUGAGUUAGCUUUGAAAAUAUAGUUUGGAAUACUAUUAUUAUGAUUCUUCUAUCUUUAUUUCAACUUUGUCGUCCCAAUAAUCUUGACUCUAGAACUGAGAGUUAAGGGAUAACAAAACAUCACUUCAUUUUGGCAUUUUGUGUAUUAUAAGGAAAUUGUGAAUGUUUAAACCUACUUGACUACUUUCAGAAUUAUUCUCCUGGUACUUUUUGUGAGCAUUUUUACAUUUAGAUCAAAGGAUUUUCAUGCAUUUCCAUGAUUAACAAUUGAGGAAACAUAAAUUUCCCCUUUAACCUAUCCAGGCACUUUUGUGGGGGUGUAUCUUUCUCUUUUAAGUUGUGUUUCACCAUCAUCUUUAAUAGCACAGCAAACACCUUUUCAGAAAUUUUCACUUGAAGCCUUUUGCUUAAGUCACCUUUGCUUUAAUUUAUAGCCAACAUUUUGCCACAUUCUAAAUAUUUGGCUGAUUUAUUCAUACAUAUUACUGGUCAUUCAGCAAGGGCCUACAAGCUGCAUGGGAGUCAGGGCAAGGCUGCCUCUUUGGUGUUUGAACUGAUAUUGAUUUGUUCUAUCAACUCUUUGGGGGGGGGAAUGGUCAAAAUGAAAGCCUUCAAAAUGUAUUAGUGCUAUCUUUGGUCCAUCAAACACUUGAAUAGUUGUGGUAUGAUAUUUAAGGAAAAUAAAGUUGAAUUUCAGGUCUUGCCAUUGCCAUUAAAGACAAAAUCGACAGGAGUCUUGGUUUUACCUGGGUUGAGAUUUACUUGCAUAUUCAGUACCUGGGGCAUCUGACCAAUAUCACUUUGCCAAACCAAAGAGCAGCUGCAGUACAGUAGUUAUUAAACAUAAACAUGUUUACAGAGUUUAAUUCCAUCUUUACAUGUGGAUGAUUUUUAAAAACCUUUUUACCAUAUUAAAUGGUUUUGAUCCAAUGUGUCAUAGGUGAAUUUAAUUGUAAGGUUAGUUUAAAUCAAAUAUGCAGUGUUUACUUGAAUUUUAAUUCCUUUAGAAGAUUUUGACUAUGUUUACAGGAUUGUUCAAGUUAAAGAUUAUCAGACACAUGAGAUGUCCAUUCAGUAAUCUUUAAAGCAAAUGUGUAGUAAGGGCUUAGUGUUAGGAUCUGUGUAUUUGGGGCACUGAAUAGACAGUGACUUACAAAUAUGUUUUGCUUAUGUUUUGUCCUAGGACUAGCACUGCUAUCAAUGGAAACUAUUUUUCAAAUAACUAAUCUGUUAUUAAGAAAUUAUCAUAUUUUUGCAUUUCAGCCAAAAUAAAGAACCAUAUCUGAUAAUUUCUAAGACAUAGAUAAUAUGUAAGCCUGAAAUCCAUGUGUUUCUUAUGAUCUGAACUGUAUUUUCCAAUAUAAAUUAAAAAUGCAAUAUAGAUUCAGAAAGGUCCAUAUUUUUCUAAUGACUUCACUCUAUAUUAUUUUGUUGAGUUGCAUAAAGGCAAGGAAUCGUAUUUGUAUUAAAAGAUUAAGAAAGCUAUUACUCAAGGUUAUUAUAUUUGUACAUGACUGCAGAUGAGGCUAUGCCCAUUUAAAAGAAAAGAUGGACACUAUUUUAAAUUAAUCUUUAAUAUGUUUUUAUAGAAACAAAUUUGAAAUACAGUUUAUUUUGGUUGUCUUUACUUAUCAAGUACUGUAAGUCCUGUAUUUGUUUCUAAUAAGUAUAAUCCUGGACCAUGACUUAAUGUUAACUCUUUGCCUUUUGGAUGGCCUAAUCUACAUUAACAUGAAGGCUGAACAUUUUUUAACUUUUUUUUCAAAAAUCAUAAUAAUGAUUUACUUUAUUAAUAAACAAAAUAAAGUCCUGAAAGAACA